AGGUUGGUGCUUGGUUCGGUUGCUGCAGUCAGGUCUUGCAUUCCCGGCUCUUCUCCAUGGCGGAGCAUGAAGAGAUGCGGAUGUCUCCGCCCCCCCCGCCGCCUCCCUCCUCUCCCUCAUCUUCAGACACCCCUGAGUCUUCCUCCCCCGGCGUUCCAGGGAGUCUGGCUUGGCAUCUCCCGCGGAGGAGCAGCUGCAGUGUGAUGGACCCGCUGGAGGAAGUGGAGCUGCAGAUUGGAGACGCAGCAUUUUCUUUAACCCAACUUCUAGAAGCCACAUCUGCAGUGUCAGCACAAGUGGAAGAGCUUGCCGUGAAAUGUACAGAAAAUGCACGUUUCCUUAAAACAUGGCGGAACCUCUUGAAAGAAGGCUACGAUUCUCUGAAACCUGACAACUGAUUUGACACGAUGAAUUAGUUGUUUAAGUAAUGAUUGUGUUUUAUAUAUGAUAUCUGCACAUGUUUUUGUAUACUCUGAAUUUUUUUUCUGGGUUUUAAACACUUAUGAAAGUAGAGUACUGAUAUUAUUUUUGAUGUUGAACAAUAUUUGAUUACCCUUAAAUAUUUUUUCUCUCCUAAACUUUCAUAGCAUUUUCUAUAAAAAUUAAUUCCAUCCCUAAAUGAAUAAUAUUAAUGCCACAGUACUACCAAAAGGAAACUAGGUAAAGCAUCAUUCAUUCUGUAAGGAGAUUUCAAGAAUGGCAGGGAUUGGAGGACUAAAAUUCUAUUUUAUGCACUUAAGUGGGACAUAACUGAUUGUUUUUUUUCAAACUGGUUUAUUCACCUUCAUAUUCCUAGCACAUAGAACAGUAUUAUGCAACAUUCACUAAAUGUUGAAUAAAACAGUUCACAAAUGCAUUGAAAAACUAUUUUUCUCCCCAUUUUUAGCGUGAAGUUGUAAUUGUUUUUAUACUUAGAGAAAAUAAUAUGAAGCAGAACUUUAUUGAUUUGGUGGAAAACUGAAAAUCAAACAAUAAUUGAACUUUAUUGGUUUUUUAAAGUAUCUAUCUGUUCUUUUACGAUGCUUUUUCUUCAAAGGCCUUUACUUCAGAACAUGGCUGGAAAGAAGGUUAUUUUUUUUUCUUUUUAUGGUUAACUGCUUUUGCAGGUAGUAUUUCCUGUUGUACUUUUAGAUACUUGAUUACCAUCUUUGAAGUACCUUAUCCGAUUUAUGGCUUUGUUCUCCUGCUCCGAGAGCUUCACAAGUUGUUUACGCUAUAAUUCUAAAGAAGUUUGUUUUCCGUGCAUGUGAUUUAAAGUGUGAUUGUUUUUAUAGUAUGUACCCUUAGUGGCAGUGCUUUAUUUUCCUUGUCUUGUAUAUUAUGUUUUUCCUUUUGUUUGCUUGUUUUGUGAUUAAGCCAGUUAGUUAUGUACUAAAUAAUUCCUAUGACAUCUUUGAUCCUUUUUUGUUUAUAGAGAUGUGUAUAAACCUAUGUUUUAAAGUUCCAUAAGGAGGCUAAGAAAGGGGGCAAAUGGAUAUGCAAAGAAUAAUUUUAUUUAGCAUAUUAGGUCAUAGCUAUGGAUUAAUUUUUUUUUAACUUAAAGAUCACACAUGUGAUUUCUAUACCAAAGAAAUGCCUGCUUUAAUAUUAGAAAAGUAUUUUUCUCAUCUAUUUUGAAAAUAGCAACUUUUCAAUGUGUAAAAAUAAACUUAUUACAAACAAA